AAUUUGUUUGGACAUAAUAUUAAAAGGAUUUUGUUCAGUCCUGUCUCAUUCUCAUCACAUACCAUGCUAAUAAACUGAUUUUUAGACUUUACUUCUGUCCGCCCCUGCCGUGCUUCUGUCAUAAUAUUUUGUCGCCUGCAGUCUAUGUUACUAACGCUUUUUUUUACAGUAUAAGAUUUGGACCAUGCAAUUAUAAACUUUUAACUAUAAUUUUAUUAAUUAUCAUGAAAUAAAUGUGGACAUAGUGUUCUUUAGUUAAAACCGAAAUAGUUACUAUGUAACUUCUUAUUAGUGAUAGUGAUAGUGGUUGUUGCUUUUGCAUGGGAUUAUAAGAUUGAAAAGGGGCAUCAAAAUGGAUAUGAUAUCCGUAUAUAACCUUAAAUUAAAGGCCUUAUUGGAGAAAUUACUGGAGUCGCAAUUACAAUUAAAAGAUGAUAGAAACAUUAAUAUACUCCUGUCUUACUUAUCUGAGUUGGGAGAAGCAUUGCUUAAUUUACCCAUAUUAGUAGAAUGGGUUCAAAAAGCAGUUGAAUAUUGGGAAUCGUUAAAUAAUCCAGCCUUACCUGUUGUUUUAUCGUUUACGUUUAAUUUAACCGCGUUAUUGGUAAAAUGCGAGUAUAGAUUUUACUUGUUCUCCUCAAAAGACUAUAUUUUAAGACUAUGCAAUAUCUUAAAAUCAACAGUACCACUUCCUCCUUCAAACAAAUUAGCAUACAUUAAAUUAUUAAUCAGUUUGACAUCACAUAAACCUGGUCUAAACUGGUUGAUUACAUCACAAUUUUGGAAAGAUGGUGUUAACUUUUGUUUUACAUCAGAGACUGUUUACGUACAAAAAGAAGCAUACACAUUUGUGUACUGUCUCUUAAAGAAUAGCACCGAAGCAUGUGAUCAUUUUUGUUCCAUUGUAAUAAAACAAAUUUUAAGUCAACUGAUAAAACCAAGCAAUCAAAAUUUAAAUUGUAUCAACGAUCUUUCAGCAGUACAAGAAAUAAUUCACAUUUUAAAACUCGUAACCUUUAUACUUCAGUCGUUCAUUAAAGAUAAAACAUUUACACCCCAAAGACUCAAACUUCCUGCAAUCUUUAUAAAAGAUAUUAACUUAGAACAAAUUAUUUGUAACCUCAUGUUAACUCUAAGGGAACCCGAAUUUUACCAUGAACUGGCUAGCUUGAUGUUGGUUUUAAAUCAUUUAAGUCUGAUCAUAGAAAAUCAAAUUGAUUCAAUUCCUACAACGGAAUUAAGAAAAUUGUACGUAAAAAAUUUACAGCUUCUAACAGAUCACAUGAACACUUGUUCAGUUGAUCAAUUUCUUGUGAUGUGUCAUAACGGAGAACUUUACUGGAAUGUUCUGCGUCCUCAUUUGCCCAAAUUAGAUGACAUAAAGGCUAAUAAAUGCGAUAUGUCGAUGUUGUAUCUCAUCAUUCAUUCAGUUCCACUUUAUUCAUUAGCAAUUACAUCUUGUUCAAAAAGUAUUAUAGAAGAAGAAGACGAAAUAAAAGAAUUGUUCUAUGAAGAAGUGAUAGCCUCCAUGUGUGAAUCCACCUUACGAACAGUUUACAAAAUUAGAGACAAGUGUAUUAAAGACGAAGAUCAACUCUUUUACAUCUGUUACAAGUGUUUAUUAAAUGUAGAAAGAUGUCAAAUUUUCUAUGAUAAACCUGAAGCUACUUCAAUAUUCCGUUGUGUAUGCCAUUCAUACAAAGACAUUAUCGUUUCUUUGAAAGAUAAAUCCGGAUUAGUUUCAAAGUUUAUGAACAGAGAAAAUUUCCUAUGCACCAUCAUGAACGUUAUCACGAAAUUCGUUACCAAUUUCGACAUUACGUGGACCGAUGCAUUUGAAAUAGUCUGUUUAAUAGAUGCCUGUCUGGACUAUCUUAAUUUUAUGAACUGGUCCCCUAAGAUUGCUUUGGGAAGUUUAAAAAUGCUUAGAAUUUUAAUAUCGAAAGGUAUGACACCUAGCAUGGUGCUGUUGUCUGAUCAGGCUUACGAAACACCCCUUGCUACCGUACCAGUGAUUCUUUACAACAAAUUGCACGAUCCAAACUGGGAAAUUAGGGACACAUCUCUCGAAGUUCUGCACACUUUAGCUAUUAUAGCUCAAGACAAAUUUCCAUCGUUUCAAAAUAUAAUAAUGAGUUCUAAUGUAACUUCUUUGUUAAUUAUAAUUUGUACUGGCGAUGGAGAAAGUUACGUGAGGGCGAGUGCUUUAAAGUGCUUACAAGAACUGGCUAAAAUUCAACAAAUUUGGACAAAAAUUCUUGUAAACGAAAAUUUACCUAAUAAAGUCGUAGAGAUAUUUGAAAAUGAAACGGAAGCAAUAGUUCGCAGCGAAGCAGCAACCUUAAUGGAAGUGAUAUAUCAUUAUCAUACCAUCCAGAGUGAGUUGUUGCAUCAGGUGUAUACUGUAAUGUACUAUGCAGCGACUAUGGACCUUCACUGGGAAGUACAGGUGAAAGCUUUGGGCUUUUGGCAAACAUUGAUUUUUAAACAGCUGGUAAACCAAGGUAUGAUUGAUGGCACGUUUCCUAGCGUUACGUUUUCAAAAGAAAACCGUAAAAUUGUCACACUAACCGAAAAAGAAAUCCAAUCGCGUCUUAUCAAAGUUUUACACUAUUUAAGCAAAUGCGGCUGCUUAGCCGUAUUAUUAAAUGCAAUGCAUGAAAGUUCCGAUCUUGCUGUCAAUAAAAAGGCUGUUAAAGUGACAAAAAAACUUCUCGAAGUUCUUAGGAACCACAGCAUCAUUCCUUCAUCGACAAUUAAGUGCGAUAGUCCUUCAUCACCAGUCUGUUCUCUUAAUAAUGACAUUUUCGAAGUGAAACUUAACUCACCAACAUCUUUUGCUAAUUGUUCGUUACUUUCUGAUAACGUCAUAAACCAAAUAGUAAGUUCACAUGAUUCAAGCUUACUCUCGAACGUUUAUGUGUGUGACUCGUCAAAAGCUUUAACGAGUUCAAAUGUUGUUAAACAAGAAAUUAAAGUGGUACCUCCUUUUGAAUUUCUCGAAUUCACUAAGAGGGAUUUGGAUCUGCUCAUUGUGGAGAGGCAGCAGUGGUUGAAUAAAUUGAACGAUUUGACGUCACUUCUUGAUGAUAUGUUGAAGAAUUAUGGCGAUUUUAAUUAUGUAAAUGAGAUGGAUUGUUAUUAGUUUUUUAAGUGUAAUUUUCUUGUAAGUUGAUUCAUACCUAGGUAGGGAUAUUAUUUUAUAUGCAAGAAAACAUUAAAAUAUCAAAAAAU